GCGUCCGCUAACUCGUGUGAGGAGGGGAACGAGGCUUUUACCUAGAUAGGCCCCUUUGUCACCCUGUAACUUGUGCGCCUGUAAGCAGGCGGUUUAAUCCCAUUUCCUACGGCACAGCGGGAAUUAGCGCUUGGCAGAAAUAAGCACCGCACAACGCCGACCCCCCUGAGCGGUCCGGCACAGGCCAGGGGCGGCGCGGCCACUUUCCACGGGUUACGACUCCCACCCACCCCAGCUUUCCGCGGUCUAAUGCUUUAACCCGACCGACGACUUCAAUGCCCGGAUCAUUUUCAUGUAGCUGCGGUGCAUAGUGAAAGAGCCGCGUCCGACCUGUCUCUUUAUUUUCAUAUUAUUUUAAUGGUUUUAAUAGAGGGUGCAGCUCAUUGUACUGCCCUGUUCAACGCAGCCUGUUGUGUUGUAAUGACUUAGGUAACUUGUUAUUCAACGUGGGGAAAACAUUUCGUAAAAUAAUUUUCGGUAGUGUUACACUGAAUAACGAAGUUAUGUUGAAUAUGUUUAAACGCCUAGGUAUCAUUCCAAAUGCAAUGUAAUGCUAAACGUCGAAGUAGGUUAGAAUUAACUUCAACAAGACCUGGAUCUGUGAGGUACACAGCAUGGCAGUGUUACCAUAGUCAUGUAAAGCCACUAAUUUAUUAGUGAGUGUAAUUCAUAUUACUGUUAUCUCCACUAGAUUUUGGUGCGUUGCAUUUAGUUUCAUAUUAACGUUUAAAGCUUGCAUUGCUGUUACCAUGUAGUUCACGGUCUUUUUACCAGUUAGGUUCAGUUUUGCAAACUCUACCUCGGAUUUUAUAAUUUGGCUGUUUAUCUUUACGAUCCAUUUUCAUUUAGUUUCAAUUGUAGUGAUUGGAAGUUCUUAAAUUGAGAUGGAACCAAACAUGGUAAUUGGUGCAAGGAAAAUGUCUGUCUAUGCAGACAUAUGUAUAUUUACGUACAUUUAUGUGUCUGCACUCUGCAUUAUGUAUGUAUGUGUGUGUAUAUAUUUUACCUUAUUUUUCUCACAAAUGGGAAGCAGGCUGUGGCUCAAAAUCAUGUUUGUCCUGACAUUUAGGAUGUAAGAUUCAUUUUGGUAGUCUAGUGUUUGCACUGGAUACUGGAAUUACUGUAGGAAUUUCAGCAUGGGUUGUCAUGGGAACCACAUUCUCAGGUUAUGAUAAUGGAAAUAACUAGUCAACUUGUAAUGUUUAUCUGGUUGUAUGAUUUGUUUUUUUUUGUUUUUUUAACAAAUCAAACAAGCAGUUCUGACUUCCGCUUCUCUCAGGUCAUCUCUCUGUCUGCUUUGCUGUUCACUUUCAGGAUCCUGUGUCCCCUUAAUGAUGAUCUGGCGGAGCUGGUGGUGGACAAUUGUCGCUCCAGUGAUGGUGAAGUGGAGGGCCUAACAGAUGACUUUAAGGAGCUGGAGUUUCUCAGCAUGGUCAACGUUGGCUUGACUUCCUUGGCUAAGCUGCCUUCGUUACCCAAACUACGCAAGUUGGAGCUCAGUGACAAUAACAUCUCAGGGGGUCUGGAGGUGCUCUCGGAGAAGUGUCCCAAUCUGUCAUACUUGAACUUGAGCGGGAACAAGAUAAAGGAGCUCAGCACAGUGGAGGCAUUGCAAAAUCUGAAGAACCUGAAGAGCCUGGACCUGUUUAACUGUGAGAUCACCACUCUUGAGGAGUACCGGGAGAGCAUCUUCGAGCUGCUCCCCCAGGUCACCUACCUGGAUGGAUUUGACCAGGAGGACAUUGAGGCUCCAGACUCCGAAGGAGACGACGGAGGUGACGAUGAUGACGACGAUGAGGAAGAAGCUGGUCCCACGGGAGACUGCGAUGAUGGUGAAGAUGACGACGAUGAGGAUGAGGGCUCAGAGGGUGCAGAAGAUGUUGGCUUGUCCUACCUUAUGAAGGAUGAGAUCCAGGAUGAAGAGGACGAUGAUGACUAUGUUGAAGAGGACGAGGACGAGGAAGCAGAGGGUGAAGAUGGAGCCCAUGGGGAAAAAAGGAAGCGAGACCCGGAAGAUGAGGGGGACGAUGAUGAAGAUGACUAACCAAUCCAGCAUGACCCCGAAUUAAGCUGUAGAACAGCAGUUUGAAUUUACCGAUUCAGUCCUUUGUAUACCAUAGCUAUCACUGUAGAAACUACGUGUUUUUUAUGAGUAUAUAUAAUAUAUAAAUGAAAAGUUUUGAAAAAUCAUUUAAAUCAUUCUGAGUUUUCUUUUUUCCCCUUUCUUCCCCCUCUCUCCUUCUCCUUCUAAUAUCAUGUUAAUAUUGGGGGGGGGGUUGGGUGUUAAUCUGGAACCUUAAGUGAAUGACUGGUUUGCAUUUAGGGAUGUAAAGUUGGUUUGCUUCAUGUCUUUCCUUUAGAUUGAAAUAAGACGAUUAUGCCUUUUUCACUUGUUUAAUUUCAGGUUAAACGUUAUAAGAUCUUGCAUCUGUGAGACACAGUGAUAGUUUGUUGUAUUUUUUUGUUUGCUCUUUUGAUUUCUUUUUCUUAAGCGUUUCUCUGUGGCAGAGAUAUUCCUCUGUGUUCUCAGAUGAAUAGGGAUCUGACUCCUUCCUGCCACCAUCACAGGACUUUGGGUAUCAGCUGAAACACUUUACUCACAUGUUGAUCUUUUACUGUGUUUAGAAAUUUGCUUACAGGUCAUCUUGCUUUAUUUUUUUUUCGUAAAUGUGCUUCCUGCCCUCCAGUAAGUAUAGUAUAAGACAGUAUCCGCUCUUUGAUUAGUCAUACCUACUGUAAAGUAUUUUUCAUUAUGUCUUUGGGGUUUGUGGGGUACAGUUGAGGUACUGGAAAGUUUUUAGUCAUGUUGACCCUUGCUAGUUGCACUGUUGUAAGGGUAAAAUCUUUGACCUAUUUAACAAAAAAAAAUAAGCUCAGGUGGACCAGAUUUUUAAAGGCUUUGUGGAUCUCCAGGAUUGAUUGUCUCUCUGUCCUGAUGCAAGCUAAAUACCUUUUCUUAAGCAAUGGAAAAAUGUUUUUGGGUUUUUUGUAUUAACAGAGCUAGACCUUUAAAUUGUUUGUAUGUCGAUUUGUAUAUAGUAUGUUCCAUGUUUCUGAAUUUUUUCCCCUCUUCCCAGUCUUUUUUGGUCCUUAAAUUUUAAAGCACAUCCAAGCAAUCCAGACCCUAAAACACUCAGUAUACUAUUUCUGUUCUCUGCUGUUGUGACAGUUGUGUGUUUGGCAUUUGUGUGCUGUAAAAUUUGACAAUUUUUAAAUUAAAGAAACAUUCUUUCGGA